AUUGAUUUUAAAAAUAUCUCGCCAAUAUAUAAUACAAUAAUUAAUAGUAUUUAUUAUGGAUACUUCGGCAUGGAUGGACGUUGCAUUACAAAAAGCUGAGGAAUCUUUAAAAGCCGGUGAAGUCCCUGUUGGUUGUUUAUUUAUAUAUAACAAUCAAAUAAUUGCGACAGGCAAUAAUACAGUAAAUGAAACUUGUAAUGCAACUCGUCAUGCCGAGAUAAAUUGCAUCGACCAAGUCUUAAAGUUCUGCAAGGAGAAAUGCAUGGACUACGAAAUGGUGUUUCGUAAUCUAGAUGUAAUUGUCACGGUAGAGCCGUGCAUAAUGUGUAUGUCGGCAUUACUUCAAGUACAAGUACGCAGUAUUGUAUAUGGCUGUGCGAACGAUCGAUUUGGUGGCUGUAUCAGUGUUCUCGAAGUACCAAAGUUUUACGAUUCAAAAAUAAUGAUACAAGGAAACGUAAAAGGAGAGGAAGCCCUGAGGUUGCUCCAAGAUUUUUAUAAAGGUGUUAAUCCAAAUGCGCCUGAAUCAAAAGUCAAAAAAGGUCGUAACACUAAAGGAACUUCGUCGACAGAGAACAAAUAAUCUUACAAUUUUUUGUAAUCCUACAUUCAUAUGUGAAACUUUUUGUAUAUAUUUGAUAUAUUACGCGAAUAUAAAGUAUGUUCUCCGUAAUUAAGUAUAUAAUACGCUGCUCCGACAUAUAAUUUUAUUGCACUAAGUUUUUAUGAUUUUUUACAUUCUAAAUGUACGAUGUACAAAUAGAAUAAUACUAAUAUUAUUAAAUUAACAUUCGCGCGUUUUCAUUUUAAGGUGUAUCUGAACGCACUCUUACAUGUACGUGUUAAACAAUUUUCAUAGGGAUACACUCUUACUCAUUUAUACAUUAUAUACAUGUACAGUUUC